GGUUUUUGGAAGUGACAGUUAUACUUUCAAAACUCCUGAAAAUAAUGAGAGCAUUCAUGCUUAAAAGUCGAACGUGAUAUCUUGUCAUUUGUAUGAACGAUGUGCAUCACCGCCUAAAUUGUCUAUGACAAUCCGAAAUAAGGUUAAAAUAAUAAAUGAUUAAGAUGUUUUGGACUAUUGGUGUUGGCGACAUAAAAUAACAUGUUUAGUCAGCUACUCAACAAUUUACUGUAAGUGAACCGAUGAUCCAGCUUAUGAGGAGGUUAAUACUUUGCGACAGCGAGUGACGCCGCGACAAUGCAGAAAAUUUGGUGCUACAUUCCAGUGAUCGUCCUUGCCACGGGAUGGCUGUACCUGCUGGUUCGCAGUGCGCCGUCCAUCGGCAGCGAAGAUAAGCUUGAGUUCGGCUUCCCGCAGAAUCUGGAGGAGCUGCGACGUGUCGCAGAACUCCUGAGACUGUACUCGAAGACGAACCUCCUUUACGUGAUCGUUCUGUUCAGCAGUGCCUACGUCUACAAGCAGAUGUUCAGCAUUCCAGGAUCAGCUGUUUUGAACCUCCUGGGGGGCGCCCUGUUCGGCGUGAAGCACGGCCUGCCCCUGUGCUGCACCCUGACCGCGGCUGGGGCCUCGCUCUGCUACUGGCUGUCGCACAUGUUCGGGGCGGAGCUGGUGCAGAGCUACUUCAGCCGGCAGCUUCAGAAGCUGCGUGUGAAGAUAGAAGAGAACUCUCAUCAGCUGGUGUACUACAUGCUGUUUCUACGGGUGUUUCCGAUGACACCCAACUGGCUGAUAAAUCUUGUUUCGCCGGUGUUGGGUAUUCCUUACGGGACAUUCGUCUUCACAGCUUUCUUAGGUCUGAUGCCGUUCAACUACCUGUGCGUUCAGGCGGGGGAAAUGCUAGCGUCGCUCUCGUCCUUGAACGACCUGUACUCUUAUUCCACGCUUUUCAAAAUGGCGGCCAUGGCGUGUGUGGCGCUAGCGCCGACCUUCGUCAUGAAGGGGAAGACUAAGACGAACCUGGAGUGACUCCUCCAAGACAUGUGACGUACCGCAGUUUCGCUGUGUAUCUUUGCUCAUAUGAUGUAUUACUCCUACUACUUAUUUUCGAGGAUUCCGGGAGAGUCAGCUCAUAAGUGUAAAGGAUAGUAGAGCUAACUCUUGUUACACGUUGUUAAUCAUUUCCUAAUGCGACAUGGUGUUAUUUACGAUACUGUUAAUUGAUUGCCUUGACUUUGUGAAUGCUCCAGCCAUUGUGAAAAUGUUUUAUCUGUAGCCGUGCAAUCAUCUUUCUUCUCAUGGUUCGUAUUUGACAUGUCUACAAAUGCAAUCUCUUCCUUUCUCUUUGUAAUUUUUAAGUUCUAUUCUGUGUAUUUAUGUUUUAAGCUGUUAAAAUCCUGAACGCAUUACACUCUGCCAAUUUGGAACAUAAAACGUGGUAGCGAUAUCAGUACCUCAAGAGUGUUAGAUGACUUGCGUACAUAAAUGCUUUCUAACAUUUGAAAUAGUAGCAGUAACAGACACAUAAUUAUUUGAUCUUAAACAGAUUUAAGCUAUCCGAACUCACAGUAAUGAAUUAUUCUUGUGUAUUUGAUGGCUGUGUACUUGUUUUAGUUUUGAAAAUUCUUUCAGUUGUAAAUUAGUUCGUUAUAGAACUUUUUCAUUGUACUUGUUUAUAGGCAGUUGUGGGGGAAACUUAUUUUUUUAAUACAACUGGUAUGUCAUCAUCAUCACUAAUGUUUUAAAAAUUCCUCGUAACAUGAAUCUGUGAUAUUUUACUAUCUAAUUUAAUGUAUUGUAAAAUUAUUUAAAAUUUUAUUUUAUCACUUUUUUUUGUGUUGCUUGCGAAGACCUUUUUUAUUUUUUAACCAUUUGAACUAAUGUCAAAGAUCACAAUUUUUUUUGGCCACAUUAAGAAUAUUCCGUAGAAACAACUUUGAGUGACUAUUUGUGCCUGCAGAUAAUGUUGGCUUGUGGUCCAAAAUAGUUUGACACCCCUGAUUUUAGGGAUGGUCGGGUACCCGAAAUUUCGGGCAGUGUUUCGGGUAUCAAGUAUACCCGAAAUUCCGGGCGGGUAUUUCAGUGCCCGAAAAUAUCGGGCACCUUGGAAAACGGCAAUACCGCACGGCGCAAGUAAUUAAAGCUUCUUUUUUUGGAACGCGCGGCAGCUGCAGGAACAUGCCACGCCGACGCCGUCCCGGCACCAGCCGGUGAAGUGAGUGUGCGUGAGAGAUAAGAUAAAGAAGGUGCCCGGUCAGCAAGUGUGUUUGUGGGAGGGGGAGACAGAGAUAAAAGAGAGCGAGCCCUGCAGCAAGCGGAAGUGGUCAAGGUCAACAUUUACCGUUACUCUCGCUGGCUGACUAACGAUGCAGCUGGUCGCCCGCCUCUCUCUCUCUCUCUCUCUCUCUCUCUCUCACACACACACACACGCACACACGCGCGCGCACGCACGGCGAAUGCUCACUGCUAAAUAGUCACUAGUGAUGGGCAGAACGGAUCUUUUGACCGAAUCGGUUCUUUUGGAUCAGUACCGUGAGAUGAUUCGUUCAGAACGAUUCGUUCAUCUCGGUCAAUUCGUUCUUUUCUGUGUAUGGGAUCUGGCUCUUUUAUCAGGUGUCGUAACUCGUUCAUCCUUUACGUACGUGUUUUUGUAUUUGAAUUUGAACAUUGCUUUCCGUAGCCAGUGAAUCACAGUUGCGUAUAUGAAACAAGAUUAUUUAUAUUUUAUUACUUUUUAAGUUACAAAUAUUAAUAUAUAUGCUAUUUACACUCUAGUGACAGUAAAGUGUUUACAUGUAGACCAACACAUUUAGAGAAAAAAGACAAAAAUUUAAUACUACUGCAAUUCAGUAUGAAGAGAAACAAAUGAAGUACAUUAAUUAACCCAAAAAUGGUAAGUGUGAACAUUUGUAGUUACUUUCCCUGUUAUUUUUUAAUUCAUACGGUUUUUUUUUUGUUUUUUUAGUUUUUUAUUUCCAAAUUUGUGUAUGUGAAUGUGAAAAAGCAAUUUUAAACCACUACUUAACAGUUGACAUUUUCAGGUAUAGAUACUUUUCAUGUUACCCUAUUUUAUUUGAUCAGUUAUUGUUUGCUCUUGUGAACAUGCGCACGCUGUGAUUACUAAUUCUUCAGACUCCUGACGUCAUGAAUCAUUUUACGAACGAAUCAGACCGGGCGCGUGACCGGUUCUCUCAUCUCGUUCUCUCGUUCUCUCCGCGUUUUCGUUCUUCCGAAUCUUUCAAGGUACCGGCUCUCAAAGAGCCGGUUCUUUACAUUGCGAACGAAUCGCAAGAUUUCGUUCUCUCAAAGAUUCGUUCUUUUUGAACGAAUCGUUAACGAACGACCCAUCACUAAUAGUCACAAAGUAGUGUUCAAGGCCGGUGGAGCUGCUUGCUGUGCGCGAGAAGGAUUAUAAGCUGACUUUAAUUACACACAUUGUAGUUGCGUGGCAUUUGCAGAAAGUGGUUGUGAAUUGUUUCUAUUUAAUUCAUGUCAUUAUUUUACCAAAAUGGAUACCAGUGGAAGUGUAGGUCAAUCAGCAGUGACAAUGAACCUUCAAGCAGCUACCCAAACACAAUUUAGUUAAUAAGCACUUUAUUUCCAAGAUUAAUAUGCACUCUAUUUUUUAGUUUAAUGUUUAACUUUCAUAUCAGUGCGGUAUAGUAAAUAAAUAAAAACAGUUCAGGUUUGUCAAUGCAAACUUAAGUACGACUAUUUUAUGUUCAAAAUUUAUUUCAUUAACUGAUUUUGAUGCCCGACCGAGAUUGCCCGAGCCCGAAAAUUUUGGACAGUUACCCGCCCGAGCCCGCCCGAAGUCAAAUUUCUCUGCCCGACCAUGCCUACCUGAUUUACAAUUCAAUUCCAGCUGUUCCUAUUGCUGGGUUUUAAUUCAAAUUUUAUUAACUGUAGGAAAAUUUCUCUCCAAUGAAUGUCUUGUUUGUGUAAAAGGGUAAACACUAUUAUGCCCUUUUGCAAUGUAAAUACUUACUAAAGAAAGGGAAGGGGAAUUUCUUAGCCAAAUUUUUAGUGAAAAUAAUCACCUGGUGGGUACUGUUUACCAGUGUCUUCAUUGCAGUUUUUCAAAGCUUCUCUCUCAAAAGUUGAAUGAACAUAAUAUUAAAGGUACAUAACGUAAUGUUGAGUUACAUGAUGCUAAAAAUAAAACUCAUAAACCUUUUAUUUACCGUCUACCUCAAUGAAGUACAUGUGAAAACUGCCAACUUUGGAACAUGUUGCGUGCUGCUGUAUAAACUAUAAAGCCUUAUCACCUCAAUCAGUGUGCAGACAGUUCAGAUCUGUUUUUGAUAACUUGACUGGUAAAACACCGCUAGCAUAUACAUACUGUGUUUGUUGGUUAUGCCCCCACGCUAAAUCAUACUUUUUCUGUUAUGCUAUUAAAAAAAAAAUUUUCAUAUAUUUUUUAAAAUUUUCUUAAGUCUUUUACAAUUUGUACGGACAAGAUAAAAUGGUUAAUUGCUAUAAAACUGAAAUAACACCAAAAUGAAAGUUUAUACACCAUAAAGCACCGAAAUGCAACUAAAAAUCAUGAAAUUAAUCAGCAUUUAUAACCAAAAAUUAACACAAACCACAAAAAAACUAAUCAUUUAAUAUAGUAAAUCCAAUAAAUGUAGUUUAUUUAGCAAGAAGUUUGUACCAAAAUGUUAAGAAAAAGUUUUUACUUUUUUUAUUUUAUCUUGCAACUGUUAUUAGUGACUCAGUUUUACAUUAUGACUGUACAUUCUUCAAACACAAAUACUGGCCAAUUUUAUUUUUUGGUUUUAAUAGUUAAAUAUGCUUAUUAAAAUUUAUUAUAUAAGUGCAAUAUAUAUUUGUUGAAAUCAUUUAAGUGCCAUAUUUGUUUAAUAUCAUCCUAUAGUUAUGAAUAAAGAGAAUUAAUAAAAAAAUAUAAAAAAUAAAGCCAUAUAAUCUUGUUGGUAACAAUUAGUGUUUGAUUCGACUUUUAAUUUCCCAAAGUUUGCCAUGCCUUUUUUUUUUUAUGGUAGCUUUACUCUGAUAUUUUAUACCAAAUUAAAACUCUAAUGGACAUAACAUUUUUAAGUAUCUCCAGUAGACUCCAGAAGAACUAUGGUGAAGUCAUGCUAAAAGCAGGAAAGUGUUUAUAAGUGGUAAAUAAAUAUGGUUACCAUUUGAAUGCUUUUAUUCAAUAGUGUUAUAUCACCACUUUAAAAACAAAAAGAAGUUGAAAGUUGUCAUAUCAACAUUUUCAUGUUCUUAAAAGUCAGUUGUUACAUUUUAACAGUGAUACACCUUCAGCUUACUUCUACCAACGACUAGCUAAUCAAAGAUAAUAUCUAAUGAUAUUAAAUUUAAUAUUAAACGCCUUGAUUGAUAAUGUAAGUUCCACCUGAGACUGUAGAUAUUUGUGAUUAAUGUAAAGGAAUUUUUUAUAUUUUAAAAAAAAUAAUAAUACUCAAAACACGGAGGAAAUAAAAAUAACUUUUUUUUUUGCUGUAUUAAAUUUAAGCCAAACUCUCAAAACACUUUGGUGAUGAUAUAAAUGUGUUUCAUACAAUGUUAGUUCUAUGAUAUUUUAGUUGAAUCUGAAUUAUUAGUGUGAUACAGUUUGUAUUUGUUUGAACCACUUUGUGAUGGUAAUAUGGUGGUUAUUGUCUUAGUUAGCUUAUUUUCGUUGUUAACAGAAAUUUGUUGGUUAUUGUAUGAAUUUGUUUGUGUUCAUUGUUAAAACAAUUAAAAGUUUUAUUUUAAGAUGAGAUUCGUGUAAGUGUAAAUUUUGGUGCUAACUAGUCUUAUUUGUAUUGAUAAGUUUAAUAGUCUCUUGGGAACUGUUGGACCUUCCCCCCCUCCUUCUCUGGAUAGCUGAUACCAUUAUCACUUAUCAGCAGGGCCUGGAAUUUUUCACAAUCGCGAAUUUUGCGAAAAUUCGCGCGAAUUUAGUAUGAAAACGCGAAAAGUAAGUACCUACAUUCGCGAAAACCACAACAUUUCUAUAUUACACUUCGAAUAUAUCCCCCUAAGUACCAUAACAGUAGAAUCCCGUCGAUGCGACCCCCCUCUGAUGCGUACAUUCCAUUUAUACGACCCUUUUUUGAGAAACCAUGAAAAAUUUGAGUAAAAUCGGCUGAAAAACUAGUCUGUUACACUUUGUUGGGCGCUAUGUGUUCACGUUUAUCUUGGCGAGAGCUGUACUGUAAGCAGGCAGGCAUACAAAAGACGGCUAAAAAUAGAUACCACCCCUCUAGACUGUCAACACGGCAGUGUCUAGCCGAGCUCGGCGCGUCCACUAUCACACGAAGCCGUCUCAGCUGUCAUGUUAUCUUACCCACCCGCGAAAAGCCGCUGAGGUAGUUUCUGCGAGAGCGUAAGAAACUCGACCGGUCAGGCUGGCGGUAGCGGCGGCUUGACGCCAUACGUGACGUGACGCGACGCGACGCUUACCUCUCCAUCCCCUGCUAAUUCUUCAAGGCUCAUCCCUCCCUGAGCCACAAACCAAGUAAAAACACCCCCUCCCCCCCCUUUUUUUUUCCAACUAACAUUUUAACACAUUCCCUCCCUUAUUUCAACCUUCUGCGUGAGAAACUGUCAGCAUCCUCCUCCCCUCCCACACCGCAUGCGACAAAAGCCAGGUUGUAUAGUCCAUUCUCGGUAAAAUAAAUAUUUUUAUGGGCUUAUACUACUGUCCUUCGCCGUUAAUAAAUACUUUUUAAGUUUAAGUUAUUAUGAAACAAUUUGUUUAAUAAUCACACAGCAGUUUCUGCUGAAAAAUCACUAAUACCUCGAAUUUUAUUGAAUAGAAAAAUUUAGUAGGGCCAUAAAUAUACUAUUUAUUUUACUGCAUAGUUACUUUUCCAUCUGCAUUCCGUGUUUUUUUUUUUUUCCUUUUUUUUACGCUGUGAAGGGACGUGGAAAAGAUAAUUGCUUGAACUGUCAAAAUAAACAUCGACGGCAAGGGCGGGAGCGCAUCCUGUCGAUCUGUCGCUGUGAUUAUCUACUCCAAAGACAUGUCACAGCAUUUCAGGAUAGCAUUGUUAUAUCUUUCGUUUAUAGCCGAAUGUUUUCUACCUGAUCCACACAAGUUCCUUCGCCACGUUUUGAACGAAAAUAACCACCAGCGGGCUAGCAUAGCCGAACUCGCGUGAUGCGAAUUCACUUAGCGCGAGUAUUUAUCGGAACCCAUUGUUCGGGGUAUGCGAGUCCGAGGUGUAAUAUGAAUUUAAAAAGUUGUCUUUUUUACACCAUAGACUAUUUGAAUAUGAAAUUAUGAGAACAAAGGCGAUUUUUUUAUGUAUUUGGAUAUCUUGGAGGGAGGGGGGGGGGGGGCUGGCUGGCCCUAAUUCUCUUUUGCGACCAUUCCGUUUAUAAGUCCAUUUUUCUGGGAACCGUGAAAGGUCGCAUCAGCAGGAUUCUACUGUAUUUGCAGAUCACUAAUACUCACGCCAGGUUGAAGUAUCAUUUGACCCAAAAAAUUCCACUGACAAACACCUAAAGUCGGCUAAGCAUGUGGCAUUGGCAGCCGAAAAAAAAUAAAAAAAAAUUUGUAGUUGCAAACAUCUAUAGCAACGUGUCUGUUUUGUGUAACUGUUUUAGAUUAAUUUGGCUGUUAUUAUGCAUAUAAGUCUAUUCCUAGUAUACAUGGAUUGUUUAUUAAAUAUGUAAACUAUUAUAUUCAAUAACUGCACAAUUUAGUCAACAUUUAAAAUACAGGUAAAAUUUCCAUUGCAUAACGAAAAUACCGACUUUAACCCACCGCUUUUUGCAUACUGAAAACACCGAAAUUUUCCAGGCCCUACUUAUCAGGUAUCUGAACAGCACUAUUUAGAACCUACAAUUUUUGUGGAUUAAAUAAGCCUUUUCUGUC